CCUGGGACGGGGCCUGCGGGGGAGAGGCAGCCCCUUCCCCUGUCGCUUCUCCCGACCCUUGGCAGCGCGGGCGCGGCGCCCCAGCAAACCCUGCUCCGGGAGUCCCGGAGUCCGCUUGACCAGGGGCUGCGGCAGCGAGAGGCCCUCUGUUCGCGCGGCGCCCCGCCUGCUGGCAAAGGCUCCGGCCAAUCGCGAAGCCUGCGGGCCCGGCCCCUCCCGCCGGUCGCCGCACGAGCUGGGGGCGGGCUGAGGGCAGGCAGAGCCGAGGCGGGCACGGAGAAGGACGCGCCGUCGGCGCCGGUGUUGGCCCUGCGCUUGGGGGCCGGCGCGAUGCAGCGGCCGAGGGAGCCGGGCGCCUGCCGCGCCGCGCACUAGAGAGCCACCCGGACGAGCGCAUCAGCGGCAGCAGCUCCUUUUCAGUCACCGCGGGUCUGCGCCAUGAGGUCGCCCAUAUUCUGGGCCCUGCUGCUCUUCCCUGCAGGGAUCCUUGCCCAGGGCUGCCCAACCGACUGCCAGUGCAGCCAGCCCCGGACAGUCUUCUGCAUCUCUCGGAGAAGCCACACAGUUCCCCAAGGACUGCCACAGGACACAGCUAACUUGUACGUGUUUGAGAAUGGCAUCCACUCCCUGCAUGAGAACAGCUUUACAGGCCUGCCAGCCCUCCAGCUCCUGGACCUCUCCCAGAACCAGAUCUCCAGCCUGCCCAGAAAUGUCUUCCAGCCACUGACCAGCCUUUCCAAUCUCGACCUGUCCUCCAACCAGCUGCAUGAGAUCAGCAAUGAGAGCUUCCAUGGACUGCGCUUUCUGGAGCGCCUCUACCUGGACCGCAACAAGAUCCGGCUGAUUCACCCACAGGCCUUUGAUUCCCUGGAGAGCCUGUUGGAGCUGAAGCUCCAAGACAACCAGCUUCACGUGGUGCCACCACUCCACCUGCCCACGCUCCUCCUCCUCGACAUCAGCCGGAACAGGAUCACCACCCUUGAGCCAGGCACCUUCCACAUCAAUAAGCUUGAGUCUCUGAAAAUUGCUGGGCUCAAUCUGGAUCACUUAGAUGAGGAGCUUUUGCAAAAACUCCACAACCUGCAUGAGUUAGACGUUUCUGACAACCUGUUGAGCAGGGUGCCGGGGGUCCUGAAGCAGCUGCGUGGCCUAACAAAACUCAGCCUGGCCGGGAAUGCCCAGAUCUCUCAGCUGCACUUGGAAGAUUUCCAAGAGCUACCCAACCUCCAAGAACUGGACAUCAGUAACCUCAAUCUCAACCAUCUCCCCAAGGACUUCUUCAGUGCCUUUCCCAGGCUCAAGGCAGUCACUGCUGCAGAGAACCCUUUCAACUGCAUUUGUCAGAUGAGCUGGUUUGUCAACUGGUUGAGCACCAGCAAAGCUUCGCUCCAGAAGCCUGAGGAGACCCGGUGCCAUUUCCCUCCCAAGAAUGCUGGUAGGCUGCUCCAGCACCUGGAGUACACAGAUUUUGGGUGUCCAACCACUACCACCACCACCACCGCUUUGAAAACCACCAGCCCGAGGCUUGCUACACCUGUUCCUAGCAGUGGACACAUCCCACCAGAGCCCAGCACAGCCAGCCCCACACCCAGGCCAGACAGCUCCACACUGACUCUCGUCACCACUCAAGAGGGCCAACCCAGUCCCGAGACACGUCUCUGCCCACCCUACACCUGUCUCAAUGGUGGUGCAUGCCAAGUAGAUGCCCACAAUCACUUGGAAUGUAUUUGCCCCAUAGGCUUCUUGGGCUUGCGCUGUGAGAUCAAAGCCCCAGUGGCAACUUUGCCAGCGGUCACCCUGGCACCAACUCAGCCCAAACAAAUUGCCAUAAAGCACAUUGGCAGCACCUCCCUUAAAGUGGAUCUGCAGAAUUACAUCCAGUCCAAGAGCCAGCUGAAAGGAAUACGGCUCACUUACAGUAAUCUCUCUGGGCCCGACAAGCGGCCAGUCACCCUCAACCUGCCGGCCACCUUGGCAGAAUACACAGUGCGGGAGCUGAGACCCAACUCCUCAUAUCACAUCUGCAUUGGGCCACUUGGGGACAAAGAUCACGAGGAGGACUUCUGUGUGGAGGCCCACACCCUGCACCUCACCCACCAGCAGCAUGCCCCCGUGACCCAAAGUAGGCACAUGAAUCUGACACUCAUGGUUGUGCCUGCCGUAACUGCUGUGCUGCUCAUUGUGGCAGCCAUCACCAGCAUCUUCUACUAUGUGCGGAGACGGAGGCGGCAGGGGAAAACACGAGCCACGCUGGGGGCCAGCUCCAGUCCACUGGAGCUGGAGGGAGUGAAGGCUUGCCUUGAGAAUGGAGACCUGGUUGGACAGGGCCCGAAACUGCCAGGGAAAACAGUGGCCCCAAAUGGCUUGGAGUAUGAAGUGCCCCUCAUGGAGCCGCAGUGCACAAGUACCUCCAUGCCCAGGGGACUGAAGCCUUCCUACUUUUAGGACCAAGAAUGGCAUCAUGAUUCAAGAGCUGGCUCUAGGACCAAUGGCAUGACAGGGAGCUGCCUCUUUGACUGCUGGAGGCUAACCUUCCAAUGUGUGAGGAAUGACAUCCAAAGAGGGGCACACUUAGGAAGCAGACAGCUCCCACUGGACUAUGGGCCUUACUUACCACCAGGGCCCCAGGAACCUGGAUCCACAGACAGCCCUUCUUGCCAGUUGCAUCUCUCCUAAGGCAAGGGGCCCUGCAUUUUUGCAGCGAAGAAGCCUUUUGCCAACUACAGCCGGGCCCCACCAGAGGUCAUCUAAAUGUGAUGAAGGAAUGAAGAACCAGGCAUCACAUGGCUAGGUGGUUGGGGAGGGGGACAAAGAGAGAAAGGAGGGCAUGACGGAGCUCCCUGGCUGAGCUCCUAGGGAAGAAAGCUUUAUGGACCUUUAGAGAGUAUUUAUAAUGCCAGAUUAUUUUCCCAUUUCUUCUGGGAAAUCUCUUUUCUAACACAGAUUGAGGUACUUUUGUAAAACCAGAUUAUAAAUGCUUUUGUACAAAAAAUAAAACAGUGUUUGUACAGUG